CCAUGGGGCCAUGGUAUGUGUGACUUGCUUUGUAAUGCUCAGGACCUUCCUACUUUUUCUGGGUCUGCCCUCUUGUCCCCACCAAUCACUUCCAUCCUGUGGUGUAAGAGUGUCUAAGGGUUCUGAAAAGCAUGCUGAUGGUGGGAAGGAGGGAAGUAUGUUAGUAUGAAAGGAACAGGGUGUCUGGGUCAGGCAGACUCAAGCACAAAUCCUGGCUUUGUUACUUACUGCCUAUGUGGCCAUGGAUACAUAACCCCCCUGAACCUCAGUGAAUAGGCACAACAAUAAGCAGCCUUGCAGGGGUUGAUGUGAGGAUUAGAUUAUCAUCUCUGCAAAGCAUUCUGCCUGGUGUCUGGUGCAGAGUGAUGUUGAAGGUUGAACAUUAUGAGAUAUGUCACCUUUUCCUGGAAGGCCCUCUUGAUUUACACUGGAGUUGAGAUACCGGGAUUGCCCCUUGCUGUGGAGUUCUUCCUCCUCCCUCCCAGCAGACGUGUAAUGGGCUAGAAGGUGGAGGGAAGUAGUGGAGCACUUCAACAUCUGGGUGUGGAAGGGACCAGGACAGGGGAGAAGGUUGCCUGGUGGAUGCUCCUGGGCGUCUCCAUCCAUGGUGGGACUUCCUGGAUGUCUCCCUCCCCUGGCAGCCUGUACCACCCUGGGAGUGCAGGGAGUUGGCUCCUGCUAACUGAGAAAAGUCGGAGCCCCAGAUGAGGUGUGCAGGCAGCUUGGGAAGAGAAAGUGAAGGAAAAUGAGGUUCACUGAAGGGUGGGAUGUAAGAUGCAGGGAUCACAAGAGGAGCUCUGGGCACUGGGAACAUCUUUAGGCCAAUGCUGCUCAUCACACUAGAUUCCUGCUGCCCAUGCCUGCCCAACUUUUUGGGGAAGGCACCUAAUCCCCUAUCAGUAACUUGCUGGGUGACCCUGACCAGGCCACACCUCUCUAGACCUCAGUUUCAUCCUCUGAGAGACAGAGGGCUGGAUUGAGAUGACCCCUCAGCCAUCUAAUGGACUUGGACAGUCCUAGGAAGGCUCCAUCCAUUUGGGGCUAUGCAGAGGAUGCUUCUUUUGUCAGCAAAGCCUAAGGCCAGGAGGGAGGAGCUAAAUACCAAAAACUAGGGCUCCAGAAAAAAGCAGGUGGACCCCAGGAUCAGGUCUUGGGCAGAGAGAGCCACAACUCCCCCUACCCAUGUUAUUCUUCUGGGAGCCUAGGGGUCCUUGAUGGGAAAGCUGUUAAAGACUUAGGCUCCUAAGCAGGCAGCUGGUUACCAGGGAAGCUCUGGCUUCUGAGAAAAAGGAGGCUGGGGGAGGGGUGCGUAUGUGUGCGUGUCCACUGCCUGGAGUGUCUCCAAGGGCCCACUCAAACGGCAAGGAGCACAGCCCUGGCUGGCUGUCAAUCCUGCGGUUUUUGCUCUGUGAUCUCUCUGACCUUUGAAAAUGCCUCUCACCCCUGCUUCUGCAGCCAGACACCCUCAAAGGGAAGGUGCUUUUCUGGGAAGCUGAGGGAGAGGCCUGGAGGGGAGCAGGCCUGGGGGCUGCCAGGGCCCAUCUCUCUGCCUGUCCCCCUCCUGCUGCGUGGCUUGUAGCCCCUCUCCCCGGUAACCUGGAGGCUGGCAGGCACUGAAUAGCAACCUGCUGGCUGCUCCCGACCAUACCAUUCAAAUGACCAACGGGGGAAGGUGAGAGCCAUGGGUACAGAGGCAGCGAAACUCUCCCUCUGUGUCCCCCCAGUGUCUCCGCCCCUCCAAGAGGGCUCCAAGGGAACAGGCUGGAGUGAGGCUGUGGGAAGGCUCAGGAGCUCCCAGCUCCUCUGCACGACUUCCCUCUCCCUCUUCCCAGCCCAGUUGCCAUCCCUACCCUCCCGACUGUCCCCUCCCCCAAGGAAGGGCCCAAACUUUUCCAGACAAAGCCAGGUCCAGCUGGAGAGUGAGGGGUGGAGGCCACUCUGCCUGGCUGGCUGGCUGGCUGAGGGGCACAGGGCAAGGGAGAGCCCAGGGCAGGUCUGGGUCACAGUGGUGCCCGGUGCUCCUGAGGCCCCCUUUGGACAGCUAAGAAGACCUCUGCACCUAGCCAAGGACUGCUGAACGCUGGCUCCGAGGAGCCAUGAGCACAGAGGGCCCCAGCCCCCUCGCCUUCCUCACAGCUCCUGUCACUCCGGGGAGCCCCUCGGAGGCAGUCGACCCCCUCCCUGUGCUCAUUGCCCUGGCCUGCAUCUUCCUCCUGCUGGCCACUUGUCUGCUGUUCAUGACCCUCUGCAAGCCUGCUGCGCUGGACCCAAGCCGCCGCCGGGCCCACGAGUGCAUGCCCCACCACCCUGGGAGCCCCAGUGAGCCCCAGCUCUGGUUCUGGAAACGCCUGGGCUCGCUGCGCCGCUCCCUUCACAGCUUCCGCCACGGCAGGUCUGCCCCUCAGCGCCCCCUGCCAGGCCACGAGGACAACCACGACUGUGACUGCAUGGAAUCUACCAAGAUGUGACGGGGCUGUCCCCCUACUCCAGGGUCCACCUGCAGACCUUCCUACCUUGGAUGGAGCCUGGUACUGCAGGCUGAAGGAGGACAGUGGCUCAAACAACCUGGGCCACACACUCAGCUCAUCAUCUGUGGUUUCCUGUGUGUCCAGACCUGUGGCCUUUCCAGAGAUGGCCCCUGGAAGAAUACCCUCCUCCCUGUAGACUCUCUAGGUGCUGCCUGCUGGAAGACUGCUGCACCGAUUACUGAGCAUCUGCAGCCAUGUGGACCCUUGGCCCGUGGCUCUGAGAGUACAAACCUGGGGUCCCCAGCUCCACCUUCUAACAUUAGGCACAAACCAUCUCCAGGAAGCAGUGCCCCUGCAUCCCAACAGAAGCCCUGCCUGCCCUCAAGGUGCCAAAGCUCAGCUCAGAUUCCAUGGCGAGUUGCUGAAGGGCCAAAGGCUCUCUCCGGCCAAGUGGGGCACACACUGGGGCAGGGGACUGUCCUGUCCUCUGUGCCAACUCAGUGCCCCAGGCAUAAAGGAACCCAGGGUCUCCUCUCCUUGGACUUCCAGCAUCUAUCUGUCAUCCACAGGAGCAGCCAGCACCCUUGUGGUGGAUCAGAUGCCUGGGUGCCUGCUGGGAGGGAGGAGGGGCAAGCAGGGGGCUGUCAGCACCAUCCACCAAUCACCAUGUUGGCAGUCAUUCUGGCACCAAUGCGAGGAUGGAUGAAGAAGGGGCUGAGAAUGAGUUAAGAAGAUCCGUGCAGAGGCCAGGACUGGGAACGUGUCAGAGUGGGAGGAGGCACUGCCAGCAGCUGGCAGGGAUGCUGUCUGGGCUCUGAGUACAUAUCAUAGUGGUUCAAGGGAAGGAGGUGGUCUUCCUUUGAGCGGGGGGGUCCAGACCUCUCCAGGACAGCUGUGGGACAUCAGGCUUGGACCACAUGAGUGUGCUGUCUGUAUUUUUGGUAACUGCUUCACUGACUGGCUACUGUCAAAGCAAUCCCACCCUGGGGUGGGAUCCUCAGAAUCCCAAACGCUCAAUGUCUCCUCACAAAGCUGGUGCUCAAUGCUUCAGUUGGGCCUCAAAUUUGGAGAGUGGAGAGAGGGGUCUGAGCUGCCCAGCUCCUGACCCAGAGAGUUAGCUGGCCAGGGCCACCUUGUACCCCUCUGUGGGGCUGCUCCACCCCACCCUGCUAUAACCCAUAGUGCAGCCAGCCAAAUCCUCUCAAAGAGUGAGCUCGGUAUCACCACUCCCCAGCUCCAAAACCUUCCCUGACUCCCUAUUGCUGGAUAAAGCUGGAGUUCCCUCAUCUGGUGUUUGGUACCCACUGGGAGAUGGCAGCAAUCUCUUAGCUUCAUCUUGACCCAAGACUCCAGGCAAACUGAAAAACCUGUCUGCCUCUGGCUUCAGCUCAUGCUUCAUUUGCAUACCCUCUGUGAAGCCCUCUUUGCUCUCUAGCUGAAGCCGUCUCCUGCCUGAAACCGAGGGAGGACAGGGAUCACUUCCUCUUGGCAGUGUGGAUUAUCCCUGUCUGCGUCACGUCCUUCCUACAAGCCUGAGAGCUCCCACAGAGCGAGACUGUUUCCAACCCCUCACUCAGCCUCCCAGCUCCGGGCACAGAAGUAUGGGGCCUCUGCUUACUGAGUGAAGGGUGGUCCAGUCUAGUCCUGGGGGAGCCUUUUCUUCCCUUGGAUGCUCCUACAGAGAAGCUGCUGGACAGACCCACUGAGCCUUCCUUCUGGGUCAGUCUGAUAUCAAACAGUGAGUCCAUCUUGACCAGAAACUUCCAGGGCCUUGGAGAAAUCACCAGUGCCUGCAUUUCUCCCAGAGAAAUGGGGAGAAUCAGGGCUGAUCUGUAUUACUCACAGGCUCUAGGAUUUCAGUCUGAGUAGCGUUGUGUAAACAGAAACCAAUUCUUGGGGUUUAGGAAGUGGGGCAGGCCCUCUCCGGCAGCAUUCUGCUCCACCCUCCCUUCCAGCUUAUUAACCUCUUCCUGGUUUGUGCUCCCAGGUCUCCCUGAGACAUCCCAGGCUGAGUUCUACCUGCGGUCAUUCACCUCUGUCACCCACUGGCCAGCGUGCCCUGAGGGUAAGGCUGCCCCAGGCCUGAAGGAGAAGGAAAGCUGGGGAGGGCGACGGGCUCUCAAGUUCUGCCAUACCCCAGCUACAUCCCCAGGUUGGUCCUAGGAGACCUGUGUGAGCUGGGGGUGGCAGGUAUUAGGUGUUAGGCUAGGAAAGAGGUGAGGCCCCCAGUUUGGUGGGGGGAGGGUGUUCCCCAAGCCCCCAGGAGCUGAGGCUCAGAGGGAGAGAACAUCUUUCCGAAACCAGCCCCUAGACUGUGGCAACACCCAUGGCUUCCUGGACUCUUAAGCGCCUCUAGGAGUCGGCACUCUGCUCCCAGCUCCUCGCUUGCCCUGCUCCUGGCCUUCCAGUCUUCCGUCCCUCCCAAGCCUGGGAGCCGGCCCCAGUGGGCAGGCCCAGAUUUGCUGCGUUUGGCUCAGCUUCCAAGUCGGAAACCCCGCAGCUGGUGAACAGCGUAAUUCUAGCCUGGCCACCCUCCCCACCCAGCAACUGAGGCCUCCAGGGAGGGCUGGGGAGGGCACCCGAGCCUCCUUUUCAGGUCCUCCCCUUCCUCCCUUGAGCCCCAUAGCUGUCACUCCUUCUCCAGGGUAAAGGAAUCCUUUCUGUUUGUGCCUGUUUAUUUCCCAGGAGGGGAAUUUCGGCCAAGAGCCCUGUGAAAGCAGCUCUGUUCUGGGCCUUGCUGGGCCCUGGCUCUCUCUCCUCAACUCCUUUCUGGGAAAUGUGACAUCUCCAUCUCCUCCCUGCUCUGAAAGGCCCUUCUGGGUACAGUAGGGGAGGGGGA